AUGGACGUAAGAAAUCAGACCAAUCGCUCCACGGAGGCACCUUUACCAGUGGACCUCUACAUAGAACCGCAUGGAUCGCGAGUAUUUAGACCGGUACUCUUUUCCUUCAUCAUCUUGGCAAGCUUGGUUGGUAACGCGCUCGUCUUGAAAGCCGUGAUCGGACUGCAUCUCCGUUGCAAACCGUUCGCCUACUAUUUGGUAGCAAACUUGGCUGUUGCAGAAGUAAUCAGCUCAAUAUGCCAGCCAUUUGUGAUGACGUAUCAAGAAAAGUACACCUGGAUCUUCGGCGAUUUCGCCUGUAAGCUACUGAUCCCGCUCCAAGUCUUAGCAACCAUUGUAGUCACCUUCAACCUAGCGGCUAUUGCAGUGUAUCGCUAUCGUGCUCUUACCAUAACCUCAAUUGGAAAGAAAAUGACAUCAAUAACCUUGGCAACGGUUAUUGGAGUUAUGUGGGUGCUAGCACUUUCAAUUUCGCUUCCUUUGUUUGCUACAAGGAUUCUAAUGGAAUACCCAUCUGGUCAUAAAGUGUGCUUGUCAAAAUUUUCUGGUAUUGAGAUAUACAGCAUAAUGAGAUUUGCACUGACGUUUCUAUUUCCUUACUUGAUCAUGUCGUGGUCUUACGGCGCAGUUGCACUGAAAAUCAAGCGCCAUAUCCGACACAACGUCAUUGAACGCACCCGACUUUCGCUGUACUCCGAUGAAAGCCGAGACACACACGAUGGUCGAUCGAACAGAUCUGAUAGGCAGGUACAACUGGAAUACAAAAAGCAGCCAAGAAGAAGCAGAACCGGCGCAGAACAGGAGUUCGACUUAUUGAGAAUGAUAUAUGUGAUUAUCAUUUCAUUUGUAGUAUGCUAUGCUCCAUACCAAGCCCUUUUUCUGUGGGAAUACACAACAGGACCUAGCGGUUGGCGCUUUCCCUUUCAUGAAGUUUUGCGCAACUAUUUUUAUAUUCUAACCUGCUUGCCAGGUGCAAUUCAUCCUCUCUGUUAUGGCACCAUGAACAGAUUCUUUGCAAGAGCAUUUUCCAGAAUUGUAAUGUGCAGGGGUUGA